UUCAAUUCGAGAUAAAUCCUAUUCUCUUUCUUUAAAAAUUAAAAACAUCGAGGUCCGAAAUACUGAUAAUUUCUAUAUAUUUCGAUAGUACUGAAAGACGAAAAUGUCUAUUUAUUGAACUACUAUUUCGAUAUAUAUCCUCAUAAUCAAGUAGAAGGUUUGUACCUCUUUGUUUAUUUAUACAGUAAAACAUACCUUCCAUAUUACCUUCUUCAUAUUGCCACUAGGUUUCAAUGUGUUGAGUUGUUUACUGUAUAAUAAAAUAUUUUCUCUUUCUGUCAAGCUUAGAGUUAUUUUCUUUAAAAUGGGGAAACAACAAAAGAAAAAAGGAAAGGGGGUAGAGAAGACAUCAGCCAAAACAGAAAAAAAGUUGACCCAAAAAAUGAAGAAAAAGUUAGCUCUAACUGGUGAGGAUGACAUAGAAGAUAUUGUAAAGCAAAUAGAGAAAGAAGAACAGAAAAAGUUGCAGGUGAUUGAAAAAGUUAUUGCAACUCCUCCUACAAGGAGAGCAUUUUGCUCAUUAACAGCACAUCCUUAUAAAGAUGAACUGAUUAUGUUUGGUGGUGAAUUGCAUAAUGGCCAUGAAACAUUUGUAUAUAAUGACUUGUAUGUAUAUAAAAUUGCCACUGAUGAAUGGACUUUAAUAAAAAGUCCAGGAGCACCACCUCCAAGAACCUCACAUCAGGCUGUUGCAACUUCUGCCAACAAGGGUGAGUUAUGGCUUUUCGGAGGUGAAUUCACUACAAGAAGUGAAUCGCAGUUUUAUCAUUACAAAGACUUAUGGCUGUUUGAACUUGAAACAAAGAAAUGGACAAAAAUAGAUGCUCCUGGAGCUCCUUCUUCAAGAAGCGGUCAUCGUAUGGUUGUUGUAAAACGGCAAAUCAUUGUCUUUGGUGGUUAUCAUGAUAAUCUUCAGGAUUACAAGUACUUUAAUGAUGUCCAUGCUUUUAAUUUGGACUCUAGGACUUGGAAAAAACUUGAUCCUACAGGUACUCCUCCAAGUCCAAGGUCAGGCUGUCAGAUGGUUAGUACCCCAGAAGGAAAAAUUGUAAUUUGGGGUGGUUAUAGCAAAAUCAAAAUUAAGAAAGAUGUUGACAAGGGUACUACACAUACUGACACAUUUCUUCUUCAACCUGAAAAGGGUGAUGAAACAGGGCUAAAAUGGAAAUGGAGCAUUGUGAAACCAGGUGGAGCACGGUAUGGUGCUAGAAGUGGAGUUUCUUGUACGUUUUGGGGAAAGAAAGCAUAUACUUUUGGCGGUGCAGCUGAUAAUGAAACAGAAGAAGAUUUGUCUGCAGUGUUUUAUAACCAGCUCCAUUCAUUCGAUCUGCAUCAGUUUAUUUGGUCUGAAAUCGCAUUAAAAGGAAAGAAAGAACAAAAUAAGCCAAGAAGAAGAAGGAGAAACAAAGACGAUGAUUGUGAAGAUGAGGAAAAUGACGAGGAAAUGCAAGUUGAAGAAGAACCACUAGUAGAAGAAAAAGUUGUUGAAGAUGGUGUCUUUACAAUGAGAGUUAGCACAGUACAACCUACUAAAAAUGAACCUAAUACUUCAUCAAGUAUGGCUGUGGAUAUUGUAUCACAUCCACACUCACGUAUAAAUUGUUCUCUUGCAAUUAAAGGUCACAAUUUGUUUAUGUAUGGUGGUGUAUUUGAAGAAGGUGACAGGGAGCAUACUCUUGGAGACUUUUAUUCACUAGAUCUACACAAAUGUGAGGAGUGGAAAACUAUUAUACCAUGCGACCUGCAGAAUGAAGAAUGGAUAGAAUCUGAAUCUGAUGAUGAUGAAGACGAUGAUGAAGAUGAAAAUGACCAAGACAGCGACUCAGAAGAUGAAGAAAUGGAAAACACUUGUUAGUCGAAUUCCAUUUUCUUUCAUUGUAAAUUACUUUUAUUUAUACAAUAUUAUUUAAAUAUUUUUAAAAUGUUAUUUGUUUAUGUUUGUUUACAAUAAAUUUUAAAAAAUAUUUGUUA